ACUCGGAGUCUUCGGAAGAGCGAGCGCAUCGGGCUGCCUGGAAUCUUCUGUAGGGUCCGGAGCACGAGAGCUUGAGGAGACGGAGCCAUGGCUGCGACUUCAGCGAUGACGAACAUCAACGUCGCAAGUGUUGCAGCCUCCACCUGCGUUCUCAGGCGGGAUACCGAGAUUUCUUUUGCUCGUCUUGGAAAUGUGCAAGCUCCUUCGCGCAGUGCUACAUGUGGAACCUUCGGAACGCGACUGACCGUGCACGUGGCCAACAAGAAAUGCUGCCAAGGGAAGGCCCCUGGAAUUCGUGCUGCGGCUCAAGUCGAGGGACGGUCGGAUGCUGAAAAAGCAUCGGGAAGAAUCAUACAUGGAAAGUGCUUCGUGGUCGGCGAUAACAUCGACACUGAUCAAAUUAUUCCCGCUGAGUAUCUGACUCUCGUGCCCUCCAAGCCCGAUGAGUAUGAGAAGCUCGGGAGCUACGCCAUGAUAGGGCUGCCCGCUGAAUGGGGACGAUUCAUCGAAGAGGGACAAAUGAAGACCCAGUACGCAGUUAUGAUCGGUGGCGACAAUUUCGGAUGUGGGUCAUCUCGAGAGCACGCACCUGUGGCUUUGGGAGCUGCUGGAGUCAAGGCAGUUGUAGCCGAAUCCUACGCACGAAUUUUCUUUCGAAACUCGGUUGCCACAGGAGAGCUUUACCCUGUGGAAUCCGAAAAGAGGAUUUUCCAGGAGAAUAGCACCGGAGACAUGGUGACAGUGGACUUGGAGCACGACCUUUUAAUCAACCACACCAACGGCAAGACCUUCGCAUUGAAGCCUAUUGGUGAUGCUGGUCCUGUCAUCGAUGCUGGAGGGAUCUUCGCGUAUGCUCGUGAGACGGGAAUGAUUGCAGCGAAAUAAAAUUCUGAAUAUCCUGCAAGUUUAUAAGCCAAACGUCCAGAAGUGGAUCCUAUUUACGUGGGCUACGUUGACUGCUCGAACCCUGCGUUUGGUACGAAUCGCUAUGUACCCAUAUUUUUUUUUUGCCAUUUUGAGACAACAGCCAAUUUUACAGAACUGUACCUUACAGGGUCGAACAUGGUUACAGCCUCCACGAGAUUUUGAGACUCCUAAAUCCGGCCUGAUAGUGCACUCUAGCUGUUCUCCACACAUACACAGGUGCAAGUGGAAGUGAGACUGAAGUGUAGGUUCAGUCUUGUAGUCUGUUUGGUCCACCAUAGAGUUUAGUAUAGUAGAUUCUGAACAUUUGUGAUAGUUAUAUUGUGACAAUUCGAUAUCUGGAAUGCCCCAGUGCAUCCGCGAUUUAGUGUGACUGUCCAAGCACAGGAUUUCAACUCUCACGAGUGAACUGAUCAUAAUUUGAAGAAACCAUUUAAUCAAUCGAUUCAAUGCUGGACGCUAUUUCCGACAGUAUCACUCUAAUGGAUGCACGUAACUGAUCUAGUUAAUAUACGUUUACAGUUCUGCAUUCAUUUGACUAUCAGUUGUAACUCGCUUUAACCUAAUCCACUCUCU